UAUUUUGAAAAGACUCCCCCGGACGAUGAUCGUGGCCGGCUUGACUCUGCGGACUCCUGCACUGAGAGCAGCAGACAGCUUGUUGCACUCCACGCUGUAGUGGACAUGUAGCGGACAUGUCGGCCAGGUCGCACCGACACACCGGGAGCAGGUACCGGAGGACCGUCAGCAGUGAGGAGGGGGCGGAGAGGUCCAGCAGCGCCAUGUUGCACGGUUUGUCCAGAGACCCGGACGGUCUGAGGAGAACUCUGUCGACAGGCGACGAAAGAUUUCCCACAGUUCUGCCAGUGCAGCUGGAUGUGGUCAGGGGUCCCGAGCGCCUUCCUGCAGACGAGGAGUCAAAGGAAAUGUUGAGGGGGAAACUGCGCAUUCUGCAGGUUGAUAGUUCGGAGGUCAACGCUCUGUUCACGGAGUUGUCUGCUCACGUUGUCUCCAUUAACAGUGAAGAAAAGGUUAUUUUCGUGACCUUCCACACAUUUGAGGAGAUGUGGAAGUUCAGCACAUAUUACACAAUGGGUUUGCUGGGACGCUGCUUGGAGUAUUUGCUGUUCGAUAACAAGCUGUGGCUCACUUCUCUGGAGCAGGACGUGGCUAUUGACGUCUCUGUUCAGGACGAAACACUCAGCCUCAUCUACAAAGGCCUCCUAAUGCAGGAAGGCUCACUGUUUGCCAGAUGUAGCGCCAACCAGAUGUUUGACAGCUCAACAUCUGGAGGAGACCUCUACCUGGAGCAGGGAGACCUGGCCCAGUUUGAGCCCCCCUUCUUGGGCUCCUGCUGGACCGUCCUGUGCCUGGCAGACGGAGCCCGGGGCACCGCGCCCAAACCCGCCCUGGAGCCGGUCGUUCCCUUCCACCAGUGGUGCCUCAGGUCCUGUGAAGAGAGCAUCUUAGUUGGUGAUGGGAAGGCGGCCUGUGACUUUCCUCUGCAGUUUGCCAGAGGAACCUGUGUGGCCACAGCAGAGUAUGACGCCGGGGGCCCCGAUGAGCUGAGCUUGGCACCAGGUGACCCCAUCCUCAUCUUGGGGCUCCUGGUGUCUUGUUUCGACUGGUUCACUGGGAAGAAGACGACGACGGGGGAAGUGGGUCUGGUCAGGACCAGUCUCGUGAAACCCUCCGCUGAUGCUCACGACUCAGCAGAUAUCUUUUUGGAUGACGAGGACGGGACGUUCUUCAGCGUGCAAGAGGAUAGCGUCAUAGCAGAAACCAUUGCCCUAUUAAAGAAGAAAUCUCAAAAUGAUACUGGUCAUAACUAUAAACUGGAUACUAUCAGUUGUCAAGGCUCCAGUCAUCAAGAAAAGAAACCAUUUAUCUCAUCAAGUGAAGCUGAUACUCAACAUGCUGAGUUGAUGAGAAACAUCCAGAGGAUCCUCCACCAAGGAAACAACCUGUCACCAGACUCUGCCGCCGACCUCACCCACGCUCUGAAGCAGCCUCAGUCCAGUGUGGCCCAAGACCCGGCUCCUCCCCGCUUCCCAGUUCACCCAGCGGCAGAAGGAAGCACCGCUGACCACAUCCUCCCCCUCCUCUGCUUCUUGGAGGGGCGAGACCACAAAGUCGAAUUCGGCGCUUUGUACAGGCUGAGCGGCGACCUGCUCGCUUCGUCCACCUUCUGCGGCCACUCCGGAGAGGACGAGCUCAUUGCCUUUCUGGGCGUUGCCAGGGAAACGGCCCGGAAGAAGCGCCUGCUGUGGCCGCAGACGCGCCUGUGCUUCCUGCUGGGCAGGCUGUGCGCGGGCCGGUCCAAGUUCAGCCAGGCCCGGGUCUACUUCGAGGAGGCCCUCGGCGUUCCGCGCGAGGGCUUCGCCGACCUCGGCCUGCUGGCCGGCAUCUACUCCAACCUGGCGGCCAUCUACCUCCUGCAGAAAUACACCGAGAAUUUCUUUGCGGUGGCCGAGCGGCUCGCCGCCCUGCUGCUGGGGAUCCCAGGCUGCUUAGCGAGCGCGGAGGACAGCUCUGUCCUGAAAUACAUCCUCAAGAAGGCCGUUCUGUGUCGGAACAAGAUGGCGGAGGCCCGGGCCUGUUACCUGCUGGCCAAGCGCUGCUGGGCUUGUGCCGACUGGGCUCAGGCGGUCCCGUACCUUGAGCGGUUGCUCGUUCUUCACGCUGCACGUCCGUCGCCGUGGAGCGUCUCUCUCAGCCAUGGGUACCUGGCUCUGGGGAGGCUCUACAGCCAACUCUGCCUCCCCCACCUCAGCGUCGGUUCGGCCCGGAAGGCGUCCGCGCUGCCGUCCGCCGCGCUCAGCGACUGUCUGACCGGCGCGGCGCUGGCGCUGGACGCCGUCGGCAGACUGACGGGACUGUCGGAACGGGACGCGACCGUCCCGCCCCAGCUGGCCCCGUUCCUACGCCGGGCCCUCGGCUUCACCGAGGUCCGGGAGCAGAGAGGGAGCCCGUACGACGCGUUGAAUCACCAGCUCACCGUUUGCCUGUGCCGCGUCUUCGACAAGCAUAGGCUGGUCGGCCGCGCUAUCAGCCUCAUGCGCGCUCUCGUCAGCAGCAGCCCCCGGCGGGCCUCCGUCUCCGCGGCGGAGAGGAACAGCGCCCUCAUCUGGCUGGCGUGGCUGCACGUCCACAACAGCCAGCCCCGCGCCGCUCUGGACGUCCUGGACUUGGUCUUAUCAGCCAUGCCGGAGCACUGCACCGCUCCGCAGGAAGGCGUGGUCCUCAACAUGCGCGGCGUGGCCCUUGGAUGCCUGGGCGACCUGCAGGGGGCGGCGGAGAGCUACCAGGCUGCCGUCGACAUCUGCCAGGAGUUGGAGGACCUGCCCAACUGUGCCGUAGCUCUGGCUAAUCUGGGGCUUCUGUGUCUGAAGGCCGGCGCUCGGGAGCUCGCGCGCAGACACCUGACGGAGGCCGUGCGGCUGUUCUCUGAGCUGGACGGAGAGGCUCACGCAGCCAACUUCAUCGCAGUGCUGCUAGAGCUGGGGCAGCUCUACCUGAAGCAGAGGCAGAUGCAUCAUGGGAAAGGAUGCUAUGAGUGGGCUCUGUUGCUGGCUGUCAACGCCAACCUGUUGGACUGCCAGCUCGCCGCUACCAGAAAACUGUGCGAGCUGUACUCGUUGGAGAGUGCGGACCAGGGCCAGUGCAUCAUCUACAGCCGGCACCAGAUCCAGCUGCUGAGGCAGUCCGGAGACCGAGCCGAGGAGGCGGACGCGCUGGAAGCCAUCAGCCGGCUCUACCUCACUCUGGGCACAGAAAGGGCCUACCGGGCGGCGCUGGACUACACCAAGAGCAGCCUGGCCAUCUUCAUCGACCUGGGCCGCAGAGAGAAGGAGGCCUACGGGUGGCUGAAGGCCGGGAGCAUCUACCAGCUGCUGGGCCAGACUGAACUGGUGGACCUGUACGUUCAGGUAGCCCAGGACGUCGCACUCAGCACAGGAGACACUGGCUUCACGCUGAAGCUCCUGGAAGCAGCGGGGGACAUAUUUUUCAACAGCUCGCUGGAAAGAGACAAGGCCGUCACCUUUUACAGGGACCGCGCUCUGCCCAUCGCGGUGAAGAGCCGCUGUGUUCGCACCAGGCUGAGGCUGUGUAAUAAACUGGCCGAGGUGAUGCUUCAACUCAAGCUGUAUGGAGACGCGGUUGAGUUCGCUCAGACGGCGCUAGACAUCAGUACAAGUCUGGGCGAGCAGCUGAACGAGCGCGUGGCCUACCACCGCCUGGGCGCUCUCUACCACAGUCUGGAGCAGCAUGAACUGGCUGAACACUACUACCUGAAGACCCUGACCCUCUGCCCUUCACCCCUGGAGUUCGACGAGGAAACCCUGUACUACGUCAGGGUCUACCAGACACUGGGAGACAUUAUAUUCUACAACCUGAAGGAUCCGUUCGAUGCCGCAGGCUACUACCACUUAGCUCUGGCUGCAGCCAUGGAUCUGGGCAACAAGAGGUCCCAGCUGCUGCUGUGCACGCGCCUCGCCACCAUCUACCACAACUUCCUCGCCGACCGGGAGCGCUCGCUCUUCUUCUACCAGAAGGCAAGAGCAUUUGCUGCGGAGCUCAACAUGAAAAGGAUCAGCAUCGCUCCAGAUCAGCAGCAACACGGCAGCGGCUCUCACUAGAACCUCACUAGAACGUCCCGUGGAUGCCGUUGAUGAAAUAGUGUUUACAGGUCAGAUCUGCUGAUCACACAGUUCCGUGUGAGAGAUCCCUGUUGUACAUUUACAAUUUCACAGUAAAUAAUUACGUCAAAAUAUAUACGUAUAGUACAUCCACCAGGAAAGAUGUACACGUCUCCUUACACCUCUAAGACGAGGGUUUCAUGUUUUUAUAUAAUAUUUUAACAAUAAAAGCAAAACUACACGUU